CGAAACCCCUAAUGUGUGUAGAAUGAGCGAGUGAAGAGAUUUAAACUACCAUAUGACAACUAUCAAAAGAGAUAGAAAUAAAAUCAGAUGUCAGAUAUUCACUCACUAACAUUCAGUCGCGAAAAAUAGCCUAGCCUUACAUCUUCGCUUCUAUUAAUUGCAGAAGAUGGCGUAUGGAAACAAAAAUUCUCAAUCAAGUGAUAUAUUAAAUUAUUACUUAGCAAAUAAUAUAAAUAAUAUAUGUAGAAUAUGUUUAGAAAAAGGUCCGAAAUUAAUGCAUAUAUUUGACCCUAUAAAACCUCCGCAUUUUUCCAUAUUAAUAAUGGCUUGUGCCGCAGUGCAGGUAAUUGAAGGAGAUGGUUUGCCGCCAUAUAUUUGUCAAAAAUGUAUUUCUAAAUUAAAUAUAGCAUUCCAGUUUAAAACUCAGUGUGAGAGUUCAGAUUCAAAACUGCGUCAGUGUUUAGAAAAUUAUAAUCACCUUUCAACUCCAGAUUUAUUAGAAUUUGAUAAUGUAAAGAAGUUUAAUUCAAAUAAAUAUUCUAAAAAUGAGACAAAUCAACAAAAACAUAUAAUUAAUGCUGCAGAAAUUAUCCAAGUUGACAAUGUUGAAGUGCAACUACAAAUUCAGGAACAACUUCCCCAAAUUAUGCACACAGACUCAAGUUCGUCCCUACACGACUUUGAAAAAAGUACACAGUUGAAGACUGAAUUGAAUGAUUUAAGACCUCAUGAUGUAGAUGUAAAGAUGGAGGCCAUAUCGGUACAUAAUACCGUUGAGGUUAAACCAAUCAGAGUUAAAAAACCUAAUAAACAUCACCAGUGCGACGCUUGUGGGAAAAUAUUUCGAACGAAACCAGGUCUAGUUCAUCACAUUCGGAUACAUACAGGGGAAAGGCCGUAUGUGUGCCACCUUUGUGAUAAACGAUUCACAAACGGGGGCCACCUGCAUACGCACAUGAGGACCCACACUGGAGAAAAAAACCAUAUAUGUACAGUCUGUAAUAAGGCAUUCGCCACAGCACAGCAGUUAACGAAACAUACCAUAGCCAUCCAUACGUCUGAGAGACCGUACGGCUGUACAUACUGUUCUAAGAGGUUUGCCAGUUCUAGUAAUCUAAAUACUCACACCAAGAUUCAUACUGGCGAAAAGAAUUAUCGAUGCGAUCAGUGCGGAAAAGCAUUUUCAACAAAAGGACAGUUAUAUCAGCAUAUGUUGGUUCACAGCGGAGAAAAAGCCUACUUGUGCGAAUAUUGCAAUAAAAGGUUUUCUCAGAAAGCACAUCUUAUAAGACAUCAUAAAACUCAUAGGAAUUAAGAAUACAUAAUACGUGUGUAAUAUUUGUAUAUACAUAGUGUCUGGGAAAUAUUGGGCAAUAUCUGACAGGGGAUCAAAUAAAUUUAUUCGCUGGACAUACCUAAUUGACAAAUUUUUGUUUUCAUUUAUUUAUUGCUACUAACAUAUAUCAAAAAUUGUAUAUUGUAAACCAUGAGGUUUAACUCAUUUAUCUCGAAUGUAGCUUAAAAAUGUCUUAAAAACGGUGAUUAAAAUUUGAAAAAGUAGUGGGGUUUCACCCAAAAAUUAUCCAUAUUUAGUGAAAAACGAAGAGAUUAUAAUGAAAAAUCGAAUUUCUACCGAGAGAUAGCCUAUCGUUUUCUGGACACAAUGUUAACAUAUCAAAUUGGCUGCGGUGUCUUUGCUCUCUUGUGAAAAAAAUUUGGGUAAAUGAAUUAGAAACAAAUCAAAAAUAUUUUUUGUUUC